CCUCUACAUUCACGUUGCUUUACCUUUUGGUUGUGUAAAAGACUGUCGGAGAGUCUUUAACUUACAUCGAUAAAAUGUUUUUUGAUACAAAGCAACCAAAGAUGAAAGGCGACGGUGGAGCAUCCAUUUCAAUUAGAAUUGCUUAUUCUAUGAAGAAAAAGCUUGAAAUUUGUGCACCCCAUUCGCGUAGUUCGGGAGGAUGCUCUAUUCAUAGGGUUCCUGAAAGGUUUCACAAAAUGAGAGAGCCUAGUGCAUACAAGCCUGAGGCUGUCUCUAUUGGUCCUUAUCACCGUGCAAACCAAAGUUUAAAAGUAACAGAAGAUUUGAAGUUGUUGUAUGCACACAAAUUACUUACCGCAAGAGCUGGAAGAGAAAGUUCUAACUUGUAUCCGCGAACAAAGGAGGAAACUCGCACUAUUAAGUUGGACUCAUCGGGAACACUAGUUGCGACACAAGCGUGGUUUGCAAUAGUAGAUGAGUGUGUUUCAUCUAUUACAGAGAUGGAAACAAAAAUUCGUGACUGCUAUUCAGAACCAGUUGACCUCGACAGUAAAGAAUUUGUCGAAAUGAUGAUAAUCGAUGGAUUGUUCAUAAUUAAGAUGUUAAUAAGGUACUCUAUGGGGAUUUAUAAAAUUGCAGAUGACCCGUUACUCGACAACGCCUGGCUCUUGAUGAUGGUCCAACAGGAUAUGUUCCUUCUUGAAAACCAAAUUCCAUUGUUUGUCCUUGACCGCUUGGCCAAAAUCGUUUUAGAAGAGUUGAGGCAUAUGUCCCUGACCAAGGUUAUUCAUACUUUUAUUAUCACCAGAAACUUUCAGCAGAUAUUGCCAGCUAAAGGAAUGAUACUUCCUGAAGAUCAUCCGGAUCCAUGUGAACAAGCCAAGCAUUUACUAGAUUUUCUUAAUAUACUUAUCCAACCUCCUGCUCAUAUAUAUUCGGCAUCCUCAUCAUCAUCCUCAUGGAAAAUAGUACAGGUUCUUACGAAGUUAAAAACCAACGCGGUAGUCAAGUUCACAAAGCUAAAACGUACUUUUAUUACCGAUGAGGAAAGGGAAAAUCCUUCAGAUACAUCAAUCGAUUUUUUUUUACCAAGUGCCACAGAGCUUAGGCUUGCAGGAGUCAGGUUCAAGAAGGGGUCUGCACAAGGAAGUUUUUUGGAUAUUAAAUUCAGUCGUACAGGCAUUCUGGAAAUUCCUCCAUUACGUAUCUUCGACGAAACUGAUCCAUUGCUUAGAAAUCUCAUCGCUAGUGAACAAUCAUGUGGUGGAGAUUACUAUAUAACUUCAUAUGUUUGCAUGAUGGAUUUUCUUAUAAACUCUGCAGAUGAUGUAAAGCUUCUACGUAAACGAGGAAUAAUUUCUAAUUAUUUAGGCUGCGAUGAAGACGUCUCUGAUAUGUUUAACAAGCUUUGCAUUGGGAUAAUACAUGGUGGUAAUUAUUAUCAGAAUUACAUCAGUGACAUAAACAACUUUUAUAAGAAGCGCCGAAAUAUUUGGAAAGCAACUUUGAAGCGCGAGUAUUUCAAGAGUCCAUGGACGAUUAUCUCGUUCCUCGCAGCAUUUCUACUUAUUGCACUUACGAUCAUAUCCACUGUAUUUACGAUCCUUUCAUUUCUUAUCCCCAAGUCGUGAUCAAAUGCUCUCUAUGUAUUAGUAGUUUUGGAUGCAAGUACACGUUCAAAUGAACGGUUCCUAGCUA